UAAGAAACUCGCGAACUCUCGAAAUCUCAAACAGUGUCGUAUGUUGCUGAUGUUAUUCCACCUUCAUCUGUUUGAUAGUAGUCCCUGAAAGGCUCCCUUUCUUAAGUUAUUGCAGUGAAUGUUCCCGUAAAAUGAAGAGAUGCAAAGAUGAUGAGGAAGACGAUGAAUGGGAGCCUCUCAGAAGACGACCGACUCUUGGGCGACCUGGGACCUCCUCGUCAGAAAACGAAGAAGGAAAUGAAUUGAACGGGGGAGUAGUUCCUGUUGCUUGUGCAUCACAGACUCACACAAAAUCAGACUUGCCAUCCUCUGUGGCUGCUAUUGCACUAACAUCAAUCACAGCAUCAGGUUCAAGUAUACCCAAAACAAAAUCUGAAUUGGGAAUACCUGAAGUAAAUUCUGAUAUUAUUGCCCAGUCAGUGACAUCAUUAUCUCAGAGAAAACUAGCAGUUACAUGUAGCUCAUCAACGACAGCUUCAGCAUUAUCAGCUUCAUCUGGCUUAGUAUCAGCAUCAUUUGAAGUCUCUCUCUCAUCAUCUGCAUCAUUAUCAACGCAGACCUCUACAGCUACCAUAAAAUCGUUGCCUCCAUACGCUGUUGCUUCUUGGAUACCGGAGGAGGAAGAAGAUGUGGGGAAAUCAUUAUUGGAGCAUUCACCUCAUUCAGUAGCCUCAUCCUCUAAUGUCGUAAAAUCUUCAAAUGUUGCUUCAGAUAAAUCUUGUAAGGCAUCUGAUACUCAGUGUACUUUAACAUGUAAGGAUACACCUACCACUAAAACAGUUGAAGGGGUUACUGCAGUUCAUGGAUCAUCUAAAUCGGUUUUAGCAGUGGAUAUUGUGUCUGUACAAAAUGUUAGUAAAAAAUCUCCCAAGCCACUAGUUAAUGGUUCCAUUACUGAUAGCACUAUUGCAACCACAACGGAUUCUGUCAUAUUUGCAAGUGGAUCAUUGCCUGCAAGGGCUAAUGGGUCAUUAGUAGUAACCUCAUCACUUUUAGGAAAUUCUAUAAUAAACUGAUUCACAAGUAAUCGUAUCUGUUUCUUCAAGCAAAGCUACGCGGUCAGCUGUUCCAAGUAUAAAUAAAAAUAUACCAACAACACUUUCUCUAGCAGACACAGCCACAAUACCUACAACAGCUAUGAUAACAAUUGCUACCUCACCACCUGCUGAAGUUACGCAAGCAAUAACUUCAAUACCAAAAGCAUUCCCAGUACCAGCAGCAGCUAGUUUAGCAACUUCCACAGUUCCAGUUUUUAUGACUACAACAGCAGUUACUUUGCCCGUGGUAACUGUCACAGCCACCAGUGCAACCAAACUUGUAAUGGCAACUGCACCAACGGCAGCUACUAGAUCAGCCAAAUCCAGUAUUUCAACUGUAGAUAAUGAAUUACCUUCAGCAGAAGGGGAAACAUCAGCUACAUCUGUGCCAAUAACAUCUACCUCUGCUAAUGUAUUGGGUUCAACAUUAACUGAUACAGGUAUAUCAGAACAGGUUUGUAUUCAGCCCUUGCCCAGAUCCAGUGUGUCAUCUGGAUCACAGGAAUCACCAGCCUCUUCUUCAUCUGAUUCUUCAGCGUCAGAUAUGGUACCUAGGGCUUCAACCUCUUUACUAGCUUACAGUUCUUCAGAAUCUGGUGCAUCAAGUAAAAAUGAUAGCCUGCCACCAUCUGUAUCUUCUGCUUUAAACCCACUGCAGCUACUUAUACUGUCAUCAGAUUCUUCAUCUGAAUCAUCAAAUGAUUCAGUAGGUGUUGUACCAUCUACAUAUUCUGUUGGAGGAGAGAAUCAAGCACAAAAUUCUGUAGAACCACUUUGCUUGGCUCUGCACUCAAUAAAUUCCCUUCCAGCCCCAACAACAACAACAUCUGAAACAUUUGAAACAGCCUUUAAUGCUCUUUCCUCUGAAAAUUUAGGAACAGAGUCCUUAGGACAGGAUGGUACAAAUGCACAAGAAAAUGUCUCUUCUGUACAGGAAAAUGUAUCCCUCACAAACACAUCCAACCCAAAAAACAGCCCUCAUGUAACAGGAUCAUCCACUUCAGCCACCAACCAGACUUCCAGAAAAUCCACAAAGAGUAGAAAUGGUUGGGGGAAAAAAGUACCAGAAAAUCUCAUGCCAGAAGACCUUGAUGAUGGAGUAUUGACUCCUGCAUCAUUGGAUGUUACAAGCGACGCUAAUCACAGGUUGAUGAGCCGGGAUGCUGAAAGAAAGUAUAAAGAAAAGCACAUCUAUUUAUCAGGAAGAGUACCACAGGCUGGACAGCAAUUACCAAAGGGUCAACUUCGUAGGGCAGGUCCUUACUUACUAGGGCCAAGGCAAGGCUCAUCUCCAGUUCGCUCUAUUGUGCAGUGUCUUGCAAGACGAGUGAAAACCGAUGAUUUCUAUACACUGAAGAUCCUAACUGUCAGAGAGCCAACUGAGGCAACCCAGGAUGACCGGCAAGGGAAGAUGCUCUUGCAUACAGAACACUCCCUGUUGUCCUUGCUGUCAGGUCAGAAGGGUGUCAUUCAGCACCAUGGACUCUUUCAGGACUAUGCGUGUGGGGCUCGUGAGCAGAAUGGUGGAACAGUUGUGGCUUCAGGAGGCCUUGUACGUCGUGUGUGUCUAGUUCUAGACUGUGUCAUUCCACAUGAUUAUUGUCCGCAAACUGCCGACCUCAUCAACCUACAGCACUAUGUUAUCAAUAAGGAGAAGCUGCAGGAGAUGGAUGCUCUUACAAUAUUCUACAAUAUUGUCUCAGUUGUCCAUAGCCUUCAUGAGCAAAAUGUAGUGCAUCGUGACCUUAAGUUGGGAAAUUUAGUGUUACAUCGUGCGACCAGGGAAAUCACCAUCACCAAUUUCUGCCUGGGCCAACACCUCCCAUCUGAGCAGGACAGGUUAAGGGAUCAGAGGGGUUCACCUGCUUAUAUCUCACCUGAUGUCUUGAGUGGAAAGCCUUACCUUGGAAAACCAUCUGAUAUGUGGGCCCUUGGAGUUGUGCUUUUUACCAUGCUUUAUGGACAUUUCCCAUUCUAUGACAGUUCGCCGAAGGAACUCUUUCGUAAGAUAAAAGCCGCCCACUACAUCCUCCCAAAAAGUGACAAACUUGUGAAAGAUGAUACAAAGGAUAUCAUAAGAGGACUACUUGUGUUGGAUCCCCUUCAGCGAUUGAAUUGCACACAGGUCCUAACCAACUUAACCGCCAUCUUAUCGGGCCCUAUUCUGCAUAACCCCCAGACUGUACCUGAAGUAGAAGACCUAGAAGAUGAAGAACUAGAGUCUAGCGACAGACAGCACGUCUCAGGAUCUCUCUCAAGUAACGGAAGCAGCCUAGACCCUUGCUACAGCAGCUCUCGGUCCAGGAGGCCAGGAGAGAGAGAAGCAGAUAGUCAGUCUAAGAAUAACAUCGACCAUCUUCUGCUUCAAGUUGCUCGUCAGAAAGCAGAGAGUUGCCAUCUGCAGUCCCUUAAGCCACUUUCAAGUGUGACA